AGCAACAGCAGCAGCAUCAAGACAGUAACUAACUAAGCCGUGAUCCUGCGGGGAACGCAGUCCGACCGACGGCGUUUCCUUAACAGCAUUUUGGUUUUGUCUUUUUUUUUGGAUUAUGCCCGGACGCCGCUCUCCAGCAUGCUGAGCAGGAAGGGGUCUUGUGCGGGCAUGAUGAGUGCUGCAGCCGGAGUGGACCGCAGCAGGGUCGGGGAGAGGCUGCAGGCUGCUCUGGCCGGGCUGCAGGAGCUACAUCUGCUGAAGGACAGACAGAGCGACAUGGUGAGCUGGGCGCUGAGGAUGGACCGAGAGGAGCCGGUCACCUCUGUCCACCCAGGCCCGGAGGGUCCCAAGACGAUGAUGGGGGCUGAGGAGCAGCGGCUGGAGGCGACCCUGACAGCCCUGAAGCAACAACUGUCUCGUCUUCGGAAACAGGAUGUAGGCCUGAAGUCUCACUUGCAACAGCUGGACCAACAGAUCAGUGAGCUUAAGCUGGAUGUUAGCAAGGCCUCCACAGAGCAGCUGGAGAGUGACAGCAGGCCAAGUUCAGGUUUUUAUGAGCUCAGCGAUGGCGGCUCCUGCUCCCUGUCUAACUCCUGCACCUCUGUGUACAGCGAAUGUCUGUCAGCAUCCCAGACAAGCCUUCUUCUCCUUCCCAUGAGCCCUUCUAAUUCCCACAUUAGCCCUCCAUCACAAGCUGAUGUCUGCCGCCGACGUUCUGCUGAUGAGAGCACUACCCAGCCCAACCCUCCACGAGCCACAGGCCUUCAUCUGGGCAGCAGCAGGAUCAGAGCAAGCACUACAGGCACUGAACAGGCACGACCAAGACCUGUGUCAACAGGUGAUCUUGAUAGGAUGAUGGCACAAGUACCAAAUUACUACAAGUCUGUGGAAGCAAAGAAACCCUCAAUGUGCCCAAAUCUGAAGACCUCCAUAGUGGACCCCAAGUUUCAGAGCAACCUGGUGUCCCGCAGUGGCACUGAAGUGUACCACUAUCCCAGCCCCCUGCAUGCUGUGGCUCUCCAGAGCCCAAUCUUUUCCAUUGGAGGCAACCCAGCCAUACCUGGACUUUUAGAGGGCCAAGGACAUCCAGUGAAUGGUUCUGACUCCCUUCAAAGGGCACAAAUGGGUUAUGAGACCAAGACCCUGGGUUACAUUGACAAACUCCUUCAGCGCAGCUUGAGCAAAAUCGAGAGUGAAACAGGCACAGAGACUCUGCAGACACACAGUGAUUACCACAGGAGGCCCACUGAAGUUUUAACUGUGUUUCCUGACGUGUCACAGAAAGAGGUGUGUGUGCUGCAGCCUCUUCCAGCUCACACCACUAACAACAUCCCACUAGAUAGCGACCAGAAAGGACGCUGCAUGACAUACUCCAGCCAAGAACCAGCUGGUAACACAAACCACAAACAGUCAGUGAGAACUCAGGAGGUUUCACACCGGUACUCCUAUCCUGUCGCUGCGAGGGAGUACAGCUCUGAUGAGGUCACCACUUCAUCCCUCAGGAAGAGUGAUAAGCCCCAAGGAGAACAUACAAGUGAAACAAGAAGCCAUUCAGAGAAGAGAUGUGGGGAUAAUACUGAGCCAAGGCCACAAGAGAGGAAGGGCCAUAGACAAAGACUGGUGACGGCCCACAGCUCCAGCACAGAGGAGAGUCAAGGCUUCGAGGUCCAUGCUGGUCACACAGCUUCCCCUGAGUUCGUCCAUGCCAAAUUCGUCCCUGCCGGUUCUCAGAAGGUCAAGGUGCGACAGGCAGACCGUAAAACCAAAGCCGUGAAACUGAGAAGAAAAGGCAGCGAUAAGCCUCGGGCAAUGAGGCAGCAACAUGGAUACUCCUCUGGGGAAAGGACCAGAGAGGCCAGUAGUGGAACCAAGGGGGAGCAGAAAAGGUCUGGAAAGGGAAAAGUGACCCAGAAAUUUACCACCUGUCACACAGAGGAGCGUAGACAGGGAUCAGGCUCGGACUCCAGCCACUGUAGCCCAGGAGCCAUGUACACCCACAAGGUCCAUCCUAAUCCCGUCCCUGCUGUUACAAAAUCCAGCAAAAACCGAAGACCACAAUGCAUGGAGUAUGAGCAGCCUGUAGACCAGAGGAAGAGGAGGCAGGGGGCUGCCAAGUGGCCAUCAGACGCAGAGAUGUUCCAGUCCUCAUGUUCUCAGCGUCAAAGGUCAAAAGAACUCCGUGUUCAGGCACCACAGAUGGUCCGCAGUAUGAGUGCUAAGCCAGGCCAAUGGAUCAGACCCCCUCACCCCUUCCAGUCCUCCAUGUCCUCUAACUCCUUCCUCCACAGUCUUAAUGCCAGAUACCCUCCAGCACCUUUCCACAUGUCCAGCCACUACCCACCCAGAUGUGAGUCGGAGUAUUCAGCUGAAUGCGCCUCUCUGUUUCACUCCACCAUCGCUGAGAGCAGCGAGGGGGAGAUGAGUGAUAACACCACCAACCGCUUUGGAGAUAGCGAGUCCAGCCAGAGCUUCCAGUCCUUCUCGGACUCCGACAGCAGCCUGUCCCUGGACGAGGAGGACCAGGUGAUCGGUCACGAGGAGGAGGGAGGUCUGGUGUGGGCUGAGGCCGCCCUGGGGCCCACCGCUGCCGGAAGGCCCCUUCAGCAGCUCCCACGCCCUGAGCCAUCAGCCUGCAGGAUCAAAGCUUCCCGAGCCCUGAAGAAGAAGAUUCGUCGGUUCCAGCCUGCCUCCCUGAAGGUCAUGACCCUGGUCUAGCGGCUGUUAGGGAAAACUGCUCAGUCUCACCCAUGUUUUUUUCUUUAGCACAGCACCCUUAAUCAUCACUGAGAAGCAGUCAUUAAACUGGACUGCAUUUGUGCACUGAUUGUUUGUUUUUUAAAACUAAAAAAUGUUAAGAAUUUACAGUGGUUGAACCUGAAAAUGGUCUACAAAAUGGUGCAUUGUAUUAAAAGCAUGUGUAACACAAUUAUUACACUUACACUUAAUUUGUAAAUAUUUAUGUUGUUGUAAUGAAAGUUUCUCAUGACAUAUGGCUGCAUUUGACAGUUUCAUUGAGAUUUCUGUCAUAUAAUUGUUUGUAUCUGAGAAAUAAAACCAAUCUUUUUAC